CGCAUCAUCAGUCAAUCACCACGCAUUUAAGCGUGCAUUUCUCCUAGGAUGCAUCUCUAUUAUAUCUCUAUUGAUCUGAUAUAUCUCUAUUGAUUCUGCUGAAUAGGCGUCCUUGACUAUCUGCUCGACCUGCAAGCUCCAUGGCGGCAGCAACGUCAAUAUCACCUUUGCCCGCCGCAGCUCCGGCUUCGCCUGAACCCGCGAUUUCAUCAACUCUUUCAACCCAGCCGCCAACACUGUCCAGGUCGGCAGCCGACGUGUUUGCGUCGGCCGUGACGGGCGACCUCAAGAGCACCACCAAGAGCAAUGCGCCCCUAGACGCCCCGUCUCUGGCUCUCUUGGUCACGGGUACGGGAAUUUUCGGACAGAAACCGUCGGUACAGACGGUCAGCGCCGCCAUUCGACCUACCUACGCCCACGCCCAAUAUGGCAUUGACGAUAGCGCUGGGACUACGUCGAGCCGGGUUGUGGUUGAGAUUGCUCACUACACGGAUGCCCCCUUGGCCCAGAACGCCAUGCGGCAGCACCUCAAUACAUUUGACGCCGACGUGAGCCUGAUUGCGACAAAGACGGAUAAACCUCUCGGCCAGGUCUCUCUGCAGACUGCUGGCAGCGUCUUGUGGGUCCGAGAUGCACUCUGGGUCAGGGUGGAAGCAGUGUCGCCCUUUGCUCCUCCAGUGCCACCCAAAGUUCCUGGUCUCGCAGUCCUACCUGCGUCGCCAGGUACUCCCGGAACCAGCGCUACGGGCGGCACGCGCACGCCUUUUCCGUCGCCGUCGGGCGCGAAAGAAGGCCCAGCUGUGCCCAUCAUCGACAAGCUUCUUGGCCUCGCCGGGGCUCUUGAUAGCCACUUGGCCAAAUUCGCUGUGCCACCAGCGACGCAGCUGAAGCCCAACACGGCCGUCAAAGCGGCAUCGUGGAAGGGAAAACGCGGAGCCGAGUUCAGUUUUCAGCUUGUCGACGCCAAGGGCACGCAUGUCAUCAAGUCAGCCGAGCCGGUGCCGGGGGGCGGCGCACAGGAGCUGGUAUCGCCCAUGCGCAACGGGACGGCUGCGGGCGAGUACCCCUUUAUCGCGUGUAGAGAGGGCAAAGGUAAGGUGUAUUUGGUUGUGGCUAAGGCAGAUACCCUGGCAGUGGGUGUGGCCGAGGUGACGGUCGAGGUUGUGGCUCAAUAAGUCAGUCUCGCGAUCUUUGGGUAAUUAAUUAGAU